CUACUACUCUUAUUCCUAAGAUCAAAGAAUUUGUAAGUGGAGAUUCAGUGUCAGAAUUCAAACCUGUUGCAGAAUUGGGUUUCUGUUCCAAAAUCUUCCUAUUCUCAAUCCUACUCACACAUACAAUCAUACAUCAAAAUUUUCAUCCAACAGAAUCUCAAUCAAAUCCUCCUCCUCCUAUCUUCACAUUCUCCUUACAAAAUAAAAUCUCCACAAAAAACACAAACACAAACACAAAACAAACAAAAAACAAAAACAAAAACAAAAACAAAAACCUUGUUGCAAAAUGAACAUGUUAGGCUUAAGAGACCUAGUUCUCAUAGCUCAAACUCCAUCAUCUCUUCAUCACCAACAAAACCAACCCAUUUCAUCAGAUCACCAUGCCAACCUUCCCUUACCUUCAUCCUCAGCUCUAAGUGUUGGUCUUGGAAUUUUCCCACUACUAACAACAAUGCCAAACUCUCAUAACAACCACAACAACAACAUUCAAGACUCAAACUUUUGGAACCUCAAGAUGUGCCAACCACCAACAAGAAAAGGGGUCGAAGAAAAUGAAGAAAAGAACAAAAUUUCGAUGAUGGGUUGCGAUGAAAAUGGUGGGAUUAAUUAUGGUGGUGAGUUUAGGGUGUGUCAAGAUUGUGGAAACAGAGCUAAGAAAGAUUGUAGUUUUAAGAGAUGUAGGACUUGUUGCAAAGGUCGUGGAUUUGAUUGUAGUACUCACGUGAAGAGCACGUGGAUACCAGCUUCGUUGCGACGGGACCGGAAUAUGGUGGUGGCUGAUGGUGGUGGUGAUAGUGAUGGUGGUGUUGGUGGUGGUUCUAAUGGAAGUAAGAGACAGAGGAUUUUGGUGUCAUCAUCACAUAAUAAUAAUAAUAAUGCUGCUACUUCUCAUAGUUCUAAUUCUAAUGCUACUACAACAAGAAGUUUGAGUUUGGAUAUAACUAGUUCUUGUCAUCAAGAUGCUGGUUUCAAACAGUCUUUGCCACGCUAUGUUCGUGCACCGGCAGUGUUUAAGUGUCAUAGAGUGUCAGCUAUUGGCAAUGGUGAAGAUGAAAUUGCAUAUUUGGCGACCGUGAAUAUUAGUGGCCAUGUGUUCAAAGGGUUUCUUUAUGAUCAAGGUGUUGAUGGAAAAAAUGAAAUGAUGCCUUGUGUUUCAGAACUUCAACUUGGAAGCAAUGGAAGUGGAAAGAGUAAUAGAGAAUGUUCUUCUGCACUUGAGGUUACAAAUAGUGCCUACCCUGCUUCUGCUUGCUGAGAUUGGUUUAAGAAAAUGAAGAGGAUAUUUAUGAGUGAAUUUGGGUUGAGGAGAAGCAGCAUUACUACUAUAUACCCCUCAUCAUAAUUCAGGAGAUUGCGCGAGGCUGGUUCAAGAACACUUGUGAAAUGAUUUGGUAUUAGGAAAUAAAAUUGAAUUUUACAGAAUUUAUUGUGUUGAUUAUUUGUUCUACUUGGAAUUUUUUGGGUUUGAUUUGGAGAGUGCCUUGGAGUUAGAUGAUAAAAUCACCAAAGUGGUAUUUGAAAAGCUUGAAAAAUUCUUGUUCUUAUCACUUUAUUGAUGGAAAUAAUAGCAAGUUUUUCAUCAA